UGCGGCGGUAACGGCAAUAACUAUCCGACAAAAUCAGCAUGUGAGAAGCGAUGUGUUGGGCAAGUGCCUGUUAAAACGCAAUGCAGUGGUGGUGCAGAACCUUUGAAGACCGCGAAUGGUGCGCCAAUAAGCUGUGCCAAGAAAGCCUGUCCGAGUGGUUACCUAUGCUCUGUAUUGCAACGAAGCUCUGUUUGUUGUCCUACGAACACUACUAAAGAAACUGCAGCUUCCGUUGUGGCUGGAGCAGACCUCUGCCAGCUACCAAAGGAGCGUGGACCGUGUGACCACUACGAACUUCGUUUCUACUACAAUGUCCGGCUGGGUGAAUGCAAAUAUUUCUUUUUCGGUGGCUGCGAAGGCAAUGCGAAUAAUUUCGAGCGCGUCGAAGAUUGCGAACGCACGUGUCGACAGCGUGGCUACUGCUUUGUAGAUGGAACAAAAACGGCAGUAGCAGCACCACCAGUCAAAUCAGCUCCACAGCUCAUCACCCAGGGGCCGCAGCUGAAGAAAGUGAACAAAGAAUUUGUGACGAAAAGCAUUAAAAAAACUGGAGAAGACAGGAGCGCCGGUGAAAGUACUGGCACCGCUGGCGCAGUUUCUACAGAUGGAACCAGCAGUGCUCAUGGUGAUGCUACCGUCGACAGAAUUUUUUCUGGCAGCUCUGCACCAGGUACUGAACCGACAAAUUUGCGGACAACAUCGCAUGAAAGCACUGUUGCCGAGGAACAUUUGCGAAGGACCGGAGGCACAGGCACUGCUGAUUUCGAAUCGACCGUCGAUGCGCACAAAACUGUUGCGGCACUCGCAGAAAAAACUUUUCACAAGUAA